AGAGGAGCCCUCACAGUUCUUCAUUAGCUGUCACCCUACACUUCAGCUCCUAGGAUGGCAGACAGGCUUCCCACAGAGUUUGAUGUGAUUAUAGUAGGAACAGGUCUGCCUGAGUCCAUCCUUGCAGCUGCAUGUUCAAGAAGUGGGCAGAGUGUUCUGCAUGUUGACUCAAGAAGUUACUAUGGAGGGAACUGGGCUAGUUUCAGCUUUUCAGGUUUGCUUUCCUGGUUGAAGGAAUGCCAGGAGAACAACGGCAGUGAGGAAGAAGGGACUGCUGCCUGGCAAGACUCCAUCCAUGAAACGGAAGAAGCCAUCGCUCUCUCCCAGAAGGAUGAAACUAUUCAGCACAUAGAAGUCUUUUGUUAUGCUAGUCAGGAUGUGGGAGACAGCAUUCAAGAGACUGAUGCUCUACAGAAAAGUCUUUCCCCAGAGGCAUUUGGUACCCUCCCUGAGCCUCUGGAUUCUGUAUGCUUGCCCAAAGAAAUGCCUUCCACAAAAACAGAGAUAAGUGAAACAGAGCUCUCAGUGGCUGUACCUGAUGUAGAGGACUCACCAGAGAAGGAACAGCACUGUGGAGAGGAAGCCUGUAUCCACACAGUUUCAGAUGGACACAGAGAUGAAAACAGACUUGCUGUAGAGGACCACCCUGGUCAGCCAAAGAGAAGUAGGAUCACUUACCCUCAGAUGGUUAAGGAAAGCAGGAAGUUUAAUAUUGAUUUGGUAUCAAAGCUGCUGUAUUCUCAAGGAUCUCUGAUUGACCUUUUAAUCAAAUCAAAUGUUAGUUGUUACGCAGAAUUUAAGAAUGUCACUAGGAUUCUUACAUUUCGGGAAGGGAAGGUAGAACAGGUGCCUUGCUCCAGAGUAGAUGUCUUUAAUAGUAAAGAGCUCACCAUGGUUGAAAAGAGGAUGCUAAUGAAAUUCCUUACGUUCUGUUUAGACUAUGAACAGCAUCCUGAUGAAUACCAAGAUUUCAACCAGUGCUCAUUUUCUGAGUACUUAAAAACUAAAAAACUAACCCCCAACCUCCAGCAUUUUAUACUCCACUCAAUUGCAAUGACAUCAGAAUCACCUUGCACUACAUUAGAUGGGCUUAAAGCAACAAAAAAACUUCCUUCAGUGUCUUGGACGAUAUGGCAACACUCCCUUUUUAUUUCCUUUGUAUGGCCAAAGGGAAAUUCCCCAGUGUUUCUGCAGGAUGUGUGCAGUUUUUGGUGGAAUCUAUUGUCUUCACCACAAAAUACAAUGCUUUGUAGUUGACAAAGACUCCGGAAGCUGUAGAGCAGUCAUAGACCACUUGGGCCAGAGGAUAAAUGCUAGCUCUUUUAUUGUGGAGGAUAGCUACCUUUCGAAGGACACAUGCUCCAACAUGCAGUAUAAGCAGAUCUCAAGGGCCGUGCUCAU